CUCUCUGUGUUCCGCUGGGUGGGCUUUGUCACUUUGUUCAUGUAUUUAUUAGUCGCUUGUUGGCUUCAUGGUCCGUUGCCAUAAACAUCAAGCUAGAUGUCCCCAUACAGCUAAAUCUGAUCUGGGUGCGGAUUAAACAGCUCAAGAUGGCAGUUUGGGAGAUGAGCAUCUCAUACGUCGAUGAUCGAUGGGUAAUUUCAUAUGGGUUCUACUCGUUUUCUAAUGGAAAAUAAGGAGUUCUGUAAGAAAAAUGGGAUUUUUAUUGCUCCCCUCUAUGGAUUUAUCCGUUUGCUUUGCCUGGUUUUAUUGACUUUUGUUCUAAUUCUGUUGGAUAUUGGUAUCGGUAGCUGUGUUCCAUUCUUUGCAGAAUUAAUGGGCUUAUUCUGAAAGCGAUGGAUGGACAAAGACUUGUUUCUAUCUCUAAUUCUGUCAUUUGUUAUUUCAAAGUCUCUCUUUUUUGGGCUUUGCAGCAUUAAGAUUAUUGUGGACAGCAGCAGAUGUUUCAUUGAAUGCUCCUUCUUCUGGAGUAAAGAAGGGGAUUUUGUGCAGAAAAGGCAGUACUCUUUCUUCCCAUUUAUUUUGUGUUCAGGAAACAUGGGGUUCUUGAGCAUCAUGGGCAAUUCCAUUGGAUGUUCGGCUUCCGGGGAGCGGCUGGUCUCGGCCGCGAGAGAUGGAGAUGUUCAGGAAGCCAAGGCCCUCUUGGAUUACAACCCCCGCCUCGCCAGGUAUUCCACAUUCGGUGGGCGGAAUUCGCCUCUCCAUUACUCUGCAGCAAAGGGCCACCAUGAGAUCGUUUCUCUCUUGAUUGAAUCUGGUGUUGACAUUAAUCUGAGGAAUUCUCGUGGCCAGACAGCUUUGAUGCAAGCUUGUCUGUAUGGUCACUGGGAGGUUGUUCAAAUUCUAAUGCUUUUCAAUGCCAAUAUUCACAGAAUGGAUUAUCUCAGUGGUGGAACAGCCCUCCACUUUGCAGCUCUUAAUGGUCACACUCGCUGCAUUCGGCUUCUCCUUGCUGAUUAUGUACCCAGCACACCUGAUUUUUGGAAUAUUGUAAGGAGGAGAUUGACCAAUGAAGCUUCCACAAAAUUUGAAGAGAUCACCACUUCUAGCACUCUAUCCGAGAUAGUGAACAGAAGAGCUGAUGGAGGCAUCACCGCGCUUCAUAUGGCAGCACUAAAUGGACAUGUUGAGAGUGUGCAGUUACUCUUGGACUUGGGAGCUUGUGUUUCUGAGGUCACUGUGGAAGAUGGAACAACAAUUGAUCUGAUAGGAGCAAGAAGCACACCCCUUCACUAUGCUGCUUGUGGUGGAAAUGCAGUAUGUUGUCAAAUUCUUAUUGCAAGAGGAGCCAGCUUGACUGCUAAAAAUGCAAAUGGUUGGACUCCCUUGAUGGUGGCUCGUUCAUGGCAUAAAAAUUGGCUUGAGGGUAUUCUGAGCAAACAGCCAGAAGGUCGAACACGUGUUCUUCCUUCCCCAUAUCUUGCUCUUCCCCUUAUGAGCAUAGUGAGAAUUGCUCGAGAAUAUGGAUGGAGGAAGACUUGCCAGUCACCUGCUUGCGUUGAUCCAUGUGUGAUUUGUUUGGAAUCAAGAUGCACAGUGGCUGCAGAGGGUUGCGCUCAUGAGUUUUGCACCAGAUGUGCACUGUACUUGUGCUCCACCGGCAGCAUCUCAACGGUCAAGCGAGGUCCCCCUGGCUCGAUAGCUUGCCCUCUCUGCCGGCAUGCCAUUUUCUCAUUUGUCAAGCUCACUGAAACUAGCCCGACCCACGAGCUGCCAAAGGUAAGCCUGCCUUUGUCCAUAUGCACCACGGGUUCAGGCUCGGGCUUGGAGUCUGCCACCUCAGUGGCUUCCCAGCUAUGCAAGGCAAAGAACCACUGCAGCCGGACUCCUUUGGGCUCUUCUUCCUUUCGAUCACUCAGCCUCCAGAAGUUCCCAUCCAUGAAACUCAACUCCACGCUCUGCAUGGAAGCCUCAGAGACAAGACCAUGCCUUGUUAGGCGCUCAAGGGGAGGAUUAAAACGAUCUGCUUCCUACUGGGAUGGUCGACGCAGACCAUGGCUCUUUUCUUUUAACCAAUAUCUAAGUAGCUCUGGUGACAGCUAAAAGUUUUCUCAGUUACUUUGAGUCUCUAUUUGUUCAUUUCAUUCUUUUUACCCUUUUCUGUACUUGGUUUCUGUAUCUUGUGCUAAGAUACCAAUCAAGCUGGUCUAUGUUAUGUUUUUAGGUUGUAAAUAUAGAGGAACUAUAAACUCUUGCAAUAGUAUCUACAUAUAUACUUUUUCUUUUAUGGUAG